AUGGGAUCUAUUAUUUCCCUUGAGAUUUUUUCUGCCGAUUUCCUUAUAACUCUUAACACACAAGAAUCCAAUCACCACUUAUACAUAAUAAUAGGCCUACUUAUUUUUGCCUUAAUUUGCUCGAGCGCCCUUAUAAUCUAUAAAAUAAACCGAAAUUGCAAGAAACCCCAACGAAAUGCCUGGAUUCCUCCACCUACAUUAAUGGCUUUAAUUUUAAUUUUUUUAAUUUGCUCCCCAACAAUAGAAGCUAGCAAUACCAAACGUAAUUCUAAAUUGCGCAAAACAGUAAAAUGGACCGGGAAAGCUUCUGCCAGCCUUUUAGCCUCCUCUGCUGCUUAUUUGGGUCUUGACUACCUUGCUGCAUACUUACUCGAUAACCCUGAUCUAAGCUCACUAAUCCUAGCAGCAAUCACCCUCCUUAUAAUAACCCUUCUCGCAGCAAUAACCCUUUUUGCUUACAAAACAUUCACAUCACGCAAUCGCUCUGAACCGCCCCUAAACAAAAUUAAAAAUUUGAAUGAAAGCGAACUAAAAAUUUUAAGGCAAUUAGCCUCUCAAGUUAACAAUACGCCCCAAUAA